AUUUAUUUUUCUCGGAAGGGCGAGUCGGAAGGGCAACUUGAGUCAGGAAAGGCAAACGGGCAGUUGCCCGGGCAACCAGAGCAACCCCCCUGUGCACGUCCCUGGUGCAGAGAAAGACAGACAAGAGGAAAACGAAACUUAAAGACACGGACAAAGUUAGCGAAAGAGAGUGACACAGAGUGAGCACAGAAGCUUGAAUUUUGUACAUAAACAAAGCGGACACCAGACUUCAGAGUUUUAGAAAUGUUAGAAAUGAAUAUCAUUACACAGAUACAGGUGCCAGCCCCCCCAAGAGAAACACAUCCUAUAAUACAGUGUAUAAUUGACAACAAACUCAAGAAGCUCAGAAAAUUACUGAAGGACAACAACAUUAAUGCAUUUUACCCCUGCACAGAGUGUAAUGACCAUAUAACCCCACUGAUUGCUGCUGUUGUAAAUAACAACAGGGAUAUUUUUAAAGUCCUUUUGGAGCAGGGUGCAAAUCCAAACAUACCUUCUCAAUGUGGCUGGACACCUUUGCAUUAUGUCUCACUAUCCAAAGCACCACUUCUUUUUGUGGAGAAACUCCUUGAAGCAAAAGCCAGUCCAAAUGGAUGUAAUCUACAGCGAUUCACACCGCUGCAAACUGCUGCCAUCAAUGACAGGGAUGAUGUCUUGAAGCUGCUCAUAUCUGCUGGUGCACUGGUAACAUUGUUACCUCUCACUGAUCCUGAACAUAUUAUUCACAAUAAGAAAAUAUCUGAGAUGAUUAAUAACCUUGCAUCAAAAGGAAAUAAAUUAUGCUCCAAACUCAAACAUUUUGUGGAUAUGGCAAUUGCUGUGCCAGGGGAACCACCUGAAGAAGUGUUAAAAAAAUUUGAGAGUCACAUGCUGCUGGAGGAUCCUCAGACCCAUCUGACCAUGAUUGAAAUCCUCUUUAAUGUAACAGGGCAAAAUGCAGAAAAAUACCGCCAGGGAAGUAUUAAAUGGCUGAAAGACACUGGAAAUCUGAACACCUACAUUGCAGGUGCAGUCAGUCGCUUGCCAAAUAUUCCCCAGGAACGUGUAAAUCUGGCUAUUGUUAGUUUAUAUGCAGUUUUGUGUACUGUUGAAGAGAUACCACAUGAGCAAGCUUUGACUAUAAUCCCCCAACUCCUGGAAAAGCUUUGUUUAAAAAUGAGACCUGAUAUAUGGAAGCAGUUCUGGAAACACUAUACGUGAUAACACAGAAAACAAAAGGCACAAAUGGCUGGGAUCCCAACUUUAUUGAGAAGUUAUGCAAAUCAGUUGCUCCUUUUGUCCAAGAAGAACACCUUAUUAACAUUAGAGUCUUAACGUACGGCAUAUUUGGAAACUUGCUCUCAUUUAAACAUGCAGUUAAAUUCUUUACAUCAGUGGGGAUAACUUCAGUGCCUGAAGAGAUACUGACAACUGCAGAUAUGAAGAUGAUAAAAGAUCUGAAAGAAGUCCUCAGACAGUUGAAAAAACAAUUCAGCACACCAGACUUCGGAUGUGGGGACAGUACGGCCUUACCUGGAUCCAAAAAAAAGAAGAAAAAAAAGAAGAAAAAGAAGGAUAAAUCAGAAAAGCAAGACGACCCAACAGCAGCUCCCAUUGUGGAGUCAACUUCAAAUGUGAAGCCAUUCCACUUCAGCACCACUAUCUCAUCAACAACACGCAAAUGGCUGCAGAUCAGCAAGAGGUGGAGAGAAAAGUUAGAGAAGCUUGUUUGCACUGAUGAAAGUAAAGUAACCAGAAUUAGGAGCAUGAUUUAUGUGAAUGAUGCAGAAUUCCGCAUAGCAAAGGGAAGUGAUGGUACUGAAGUCUUCUUGGGGCUGAGAGAUGACGGCACUGAAGUUGCUAUUAAGAGAAUGUCUAAAUGCAACUAUCAGGA